AUGGCUUCCAAGGCAGCAAGGAAGGCAAUCUACCUCCAGAAGCUACGCAACCAUCUCAAAGACAAUAACAAACACCUCGUCAUCGUGAGUGCCGACAAUCUUCGUGUGAGCCAAAUUCAGGCCAUAAGGCAAGGACUCCGACCCCACUCAUCUGUAGUCAUGGGUAAGAAUUCUUUCAUGAGGCGCUCACUCGAGAUCCAUGCCCCAUCUGCCGGAAAACCUGCUUUUGUUGGCGCAAUUCCUCACAUCAACGGCAAAGUUGGGUUGAUUUUGACCGAUUGUGACCCAGAGGAAGUGAGUGAAACGGUAGCGGGAUAUAAGUUGCAGCCGCUGGACUCAACUAGAAGAUCUAAUUCAAAUAGAAAAUGGGGUGAGAUCGAAAUUAUAAUUUUGGAAAACUCAAGAAAAGUGAAUGGACUCAAAUAG